CCGGUGCCUAGUACCUACAAGCUGUUCCAUCCGCCUUCCUCCGGUCUUAGUAACGUUUUCGCCGGAGUCGUGGUCAAAGAAUUGGGUGUGCUGCCGCCGCGCGCCGGCCUCACGCCCUUCCCUGCCCCUCGGCCCCCGGAGUGAGCCCGGCCUCCCCGCGAGGAAAGAAGGAGAAAUGCCUAAAAAAAAGACUGGUGCCAGGAAGAAGGCAGAGAACCGCCGGGAACGUGAAAAACAACUGAGAGCAUUAAGAAGCACUAUCGACUUGGCUAAACACCCAUGCAAUGCUUCAAUGGAAUGUGACAAGUGUCAGAGGCGGCAGAAGAAUAGAGCGUUUUGCUAUUUUUGUAAUUCUGUACAGAAGUUACCAAUUUGUGCACAGUGUGGGAAAACAAAGUGCAUGAUGAAGUCUUCAGACUGUGUCAUAAAGCACGCUGGUGUCUACAGCACUGGCCUUGCAAUGGUGGGUGCAAUAUGUGACUUCUGUGAAGCUUGGGUAUGUCAUGGUAGGAAAUGUCUCAGUACACAUGCCUGCGCCUGCCCGCUUACUGAUGCUGAGUGUGUGGAAUGUGAACGGGGUGUCUGGGACCACGGAGGCAGAAUUUUCAGUUGUUCUUUUUGCCAUAACUUUCUCUGUGAAGAUGAUCAGUUUGAACAUCAAGCCAGCUGCCAGGUUUUAGAGGCGGAAACAUUUAAAUGUGUUUCAUGUAAUCGGCUUGGUCAGCAUUCCUGUCUCCGUUGUAAGGCUUGUUUCUGUGAUGAUCAUACAAGGAGCAAGGUGUUUAAGCAAGAGAAAGGAAAACAGCCUCCCUGCCCUAAAUGUGGACAUGAGACUCAGGAAACUAAGGAUCUUAGCAUGUCAACACGCUCCCUGAAAUUUGGCAGGCAGACUGGAGGUGAAGAGGGAGAUGGAGCUUCUGGGUAUGACGCCUAUUGGAAGAACCUUGCGUCUGAGAAGUAUGGUGAUACCAGCUACCACGAUGAGGAGGAAGAUGAGGAUGAAGCAGAGGACGAUGAAGAGGAAGAAGAUGAAGGGGGGAAAGAUUCAGAUGCUGAGACGUCAGAUUUGUUUACUAACUUGAAUUUAGGAAGGACCUAUGCCAGUGGCUAUGCUCACUAUGAGGAACAAGAGAACUAGAAGAGCUGCUUGCCCGCUGGUGACCUUGUCUGAGAGGAGUUGGAACGUGUGUGCUUGGUGAGUCACGUGUAGAUGUUCAAAAGUACGUACUGUCACUUAGUCACACUUACUGGGGCAAGGAGUAGGGCAUAGCAUUUUUAUAGGAACUGAUAGUCAGGCUUCUAGCAUAAGAAAAAUGAGUUUUAAAUGCAAGAUAUUUAUUGAUUCAAGCAACUGAAGUAUCAUAGAUUAGAUUUUUACUGAUUUCAGUAAUCUAGUAGGUUUGCCAAUUAAAUACAUAUACAGGAUAAAGGACUAGGAUGGUAAUAUAUUUGUUGGAAAUUAAAUUGCUGUUUUUAUUAAAAACACUGCUUAUAAAAUCAUUUUGUCUGAUUUUGUAAAAUGUAAUGGGUAAAAUGAAUUGUUAUAUUUUUCCUUGUUUGUCCACAGGCUAUAAGUCAGAUGCUAUAUACUAAAUUUUCAUUAAAUGUUCACGUUAUCUUAGGUAGCUAUACAUGUUUUAGCAACUGACUCAUUGAUUUCUUUCUUCGCAGUGUAUGCCCUGAACAGUACUUGUUAUUAACGUCUAAAUGUAUAGACAGAGGUGACUAUUUUUCAGAGACACAAUCAGUAUUAUUACACAGAUGUUUUACCCAGGAAAUUUCAUUUCUCUUUGAAUAAAUCUAGUAUUUCACUUA